AUGCAGGAGGUCUCUGAUAUAGACGACAUAGAUCUGAGCGUCACCCACCGGUGCGAAGGUCUUCGUCAACUUACUGCCAGGCUGACAGGCAGCCUCAGUCCAGCACCCGCAGAUCACCCAGAAAAGGGGCCACGGUUUACCCCCAAUAUCCAGGCAUUGAUUCUGACAGCAGUCCUGUUUACUGCCAUUACACUCGCGCAAGUGGCGGCGGCAAACAUUGCGAACUCACAAGCUUUGCUGAUGGACUGCAUAUCCAUGGGCGUCGACGCCCUGACCUACAUGGGCAACAUUAUCGUGGAGUGUAGGAAGCGAGAUGGGAAAGCUCAUGAGGGCUCGCAGAUCAUCGUGUGCGCAAUUUCAAUAGGCUGCUUGCUGUAUUUCACCGCGAAGGCUUCGCAGGAAAGCCUGAGCACGAUCCAUGUUUGCCUCGGCGUUGUCGCUGGUGAGCAGGAGCCGGGCGAUGUCAACGGAUACAUCACCCUGGCUUUUGGUGUUGGCGGAGUGGUCUUUGACUUGAUCUCGUUAUGGGCGUUCUACAAUGGACACAGAAAGCAGGGUGGUGGACGGGCGGUCAACAUGUUCACUGCCCUCUUGCACGUGGGCGCCGACUUCUUGCGAUCGACGUCGACUGUUGUGAUGUCCAUGCU